CAGCGCGGUUUCAUACAACAUAGCCAUCUUGUCAAGAGUGACUGAGAGAGCGAGGUAACUGUGGCCGCAGUUUAGAUUCACAUUUGGUUUUAAAGCUGGAAUCUAAAAGCCUUUUCCUCUCUCGCUCGCCGUUGGCUUCAACGUAGCUGUCGCCCACCGAAUGACUUUACGCGGGUGAGGUGAGUGGAUACGAAGGACUCCUUCCUGGAAGAUGUCUCGCAUACUUGUUCCGACGUAGGGGGACUGUGCGGCAGCCAGUUGGGCUCGACUUGCUAGCUAGCUCGUAGAGCGAGUGGAGUGCUGCGGGCCCACCCCAGCCCAAAGUAGGUCCCGCAGCUGGGCGAUACGCUGUGUGACAACCGCCGUUUGACAACCACACAACCGGGACAUUUGUUGGCCGAUCCGGACCAACGGAAAGCUCCGGAUCGAGCACCCCGCAGGCUGCUGGUGUCUGUGUGUCGAGCCGCAUUGCUGGACUGGACGACACGACACGACGCGUUGCGUUAUGGGCUCGUGAAACGCAACAGGAGACCGAGAGAGGAAGAGAGAUGGCGUAGAUUCAAAUUGAUUGGACUUAUCGUUCGCUAGGCUGUGUAAAAUAUACGCAAGCUGGCUGUUUAAUGUAAGCCUAUAGAAGGCGUAUCCAGCUCUUUGCCGAAGGAGGAUAAACAUAGCCAUACUGGACUUGGAAUCAGACUGUCAAUAUGUCGAAAAUGCCGGCCAAGAAAAAGAGCUGUUUUCAGAUCACAAGUGUGACUCAGGCUCAAGUGGCUGCUACGGGGGCCGCCGACGACACGGAGAGUCUGGAGGACCCCGACGAGUCUCGGGCUGAAGAUGUGUCGUCAGAGAUAUACGACAUGUCGCGGGCUGAGUACGAGCCUACGUGCGGCAGGAGCUCCUCCGAAGAAGCCCUGAAUAAUGUCCCAGAGCCCGAGGCGACCGGGGUUCCGGCGCCAUCACACAUACCUCAAGCCGGUCAGUCGGGCAAUCUCAUCGGGGACUUUCGGCUGGGGGGAGUGUCUGCAAUCGGCCCUCGGCCCUCAGCCAGUGUGUCCGUGAACGCAUCGCCGGCCAGUUCAGCGGCUUCGCCUGCCCCGUCCACGGUGAGCUACACCUCCCGCUUCAGGGUCAUUAAACUCGACCACGGUACCGGAGAACCCUUUCGAAGAGGCAGGUGGACUUGUACAGAGUUUUAUGAGAAGGACUCUGAUAACUCUAGGACUGCCGAUGGCAUUAGGCAUGCCAGUGUAACAACACUGGACCCCGCUGCGGACAGAGACAGUGGGCUCGGGCACACGGGAGGCUCCGCAGUUGCCCCGGCAACACACUCAGGUCAGGGCUCCGUGGCGGAUGCUUCGCUCUCCUCAUCCCGCAUGCAUCCAGUGGAGAUGCAGCAACAGCAGCCACAAAUCCACCAUCAAAACUACAACGCUUUCUCCAGCGGUAUCCAGCCUUCUGUCCCCCAGGGCGUGUUGCCCGUCGGACAGAACGGCCUGCCUCAAUCGGUUGCCCUCAUGCCUCCUUCAGCCCAGCCCACUGCUUACCCUACGCAGCAGCAGCAGCACGCUAUGAGCCACCACCUGGCCAGCCAGUCUUCUGGAAUGCUACAGAACCAUACAGAGUACUAUCAGCAGCAGCAACCCACGGGCCAGUCCCUCCCGGCGUCCAUGGUCUCGGCAGGGCCACAGCCUGUGGGACAGGGGCACCCUUCGGUCUUGCCUCCAGCCACCGGAGUCUCUUCUGUGCCGAGUCAGGUGGGAGAUGUGGCAGGAGCAGGAGAUGUACCUACCGGACAGCCGUCUCCCGGCCUCUUGCAGCAGCAGACCGGAGGAAUGGGAGCUGUUGAGGGCUCCGUACUGGUCGGUGGAACCACGUUGCAGCAGCAGAUUGUGAGUCAGUACACGGCCGCCGGACAGCCUCAACCCCACGGCCUACACCCUACGUCCUCCGGAGUACAAAACGUGCCUGCCGUGCUCAGUGCCUCCAGUGCAGCCUUGCCAAAUGUGACAACUUCCAGUUUGCCUCCAAGUCAGAUGCCCCAAAGCAGGACUCUCAUGGCUUUAGGGAUGCAGGGCCUCCCAGCAACUGGAUUUGGACAUGUGGAGGGAGGCUGUGGUAGAGGGAAGUUUGAGGGUGUCGUGGAUGCACAUUCCCCUCUUGUCUCUGGGAAGGAACCGAUGAAGCCCUUCAUGCCUGAGAGCCUGCAACUCGCCACUCCGACUGUCAACAGCUUGUUUGGAAUCCACAUACCUGUCGACGGGGAAGCGGACAGGAACCCCUCCAAGGCUUUCUACCAGGCCUUCCAGUCUGGCAGCAGAAUAAGGGACUCAAAGGCCCACAGUGAUAGGGCGUCUGGAUCCAAUGUUGCUGCCAUUGAUAAUAAGAUUGAACAGGCAAUGGACCUGGUGAAGAGCCAUCUGAUGUAUGCGGUGCGCGAGGAGGUGGAGGUCUUAAAGGAGCAGAUCAAGGAGCUGUUUGAGAGGAACUCUGUGCUGGAGAGGGAGAACGCUGUGUUGAAAUCUCUCGCCAACAGCGAGCAGCUGUCUCAGCUGCCCGCCCAGUCGGCCGCCAGCUCUGGCACCACGCCCCCCCAGCAAGGACUUGGCCAGCCUCAGCCUCCCCUCCAACUUCAGCCUCUGCAACUUCAGCUACAGGCGCAGCCUCCCCUCCAACUUCAGCCUCAGCUACAGGCGCAGCCUCCCCUCCAACUUCAGCCUCAGCUACAGGCGCAGCCUCCCCUCCAACUUCAGCCUCUGCUACAGGCGCAGCCUCCCCUCCAACUUCAGCCUCAGCUACAGGCGCAGCCUCCCCUCCAACUUCAGCCUCAGCUACAGGCGCAGCCGGCGCUCCAGCUCCAGCAGCACCCCCAGACUCCGCUCGAUCCCAGCCAACAACAAAUGGAACCCAACGUCACCUCCGCUUGAAGUGCAUCUGCCCGGCUUUGCAUAGGGCAGAAAAAGAAGAAGAAAAAAAAACCUGCAGCUUCUCUACAAUUUAUUACAAAUAGUGUAUGUGAAAUUAAAAAUGUCUUCUUAGCCACCAGCUUGACCGCACAGUACAGAGAGUGUGUGUGUGUGUGUCAGUCAGAUUGAGUUAGCAACUAAGUGUGAAUUGUUGUUGGAAUGUCAGUGUGUAUGCGUCUGUACUGUGGGCCUUUCCAGUGUUAAUGCAAUCAUCAAGAGAGAGACGGACUGGGACAGAGAGAGAGAGAGUGUAGAGAAGGUCGGGCUGUUUGUUUUCAUCUUGGCGGUGUUCCCGGAGCGGCAAACUGCUGGAUCCGAGCUCGUGGACAGGAUGUCUUUUUCUUGGACCAGGCCGAGCCAGACGGGUUUCACGACCUGACCCUGGGACCCGCUUCAACCCGAGGGUGCCGUUGGGAAGGAGGGGCCUCAGCUCACAUGAGGGACAAACGGGAGUGAUCAAAAAAAGCGAUUAUUUUUGUUGAAAUGAGAUAAUUGAGUGGGUAAAGGGGUUAUUUGUUAGCCUUGCUGUUUCAUGUUGUAUAGUAAGAAGUGGGAGAGUCUGUUUUUCAGAGUGCCACACUGCUGCCGUUACGUUGUAAUCAACUCCAACUCUUCCAUCAGUUUUUUUGAGUUCUACUGUCGAGUGUUUUAUUUAUUACCGGGCUGCUAUUCUCAUAAAGGAACAAUUUCACAGAACCAG